UUUGGGCUAGUGGAGUGGCUACGGUAUAUGUGACAGUGUUCGAAAAAAAUCUUUCUCAUAGGUAGUUCUAUUAACAAAAGGACACUUUUUUCAACUAUCGACACGAUUGCCUGCCUGCGCUAGUGUGAAGCAAGCCAUCAUUCAUUAAAAAUCAGUGAUAAACGACAAGUUUUUCGAUUGGCUGUCAUAACAAAGAGAAAAGUAAUUCGGAAAGGCCACCACCACCAGUCAAAGCGCUAGCAGUGGGGGCUUUAUUUUCAUUUUUGCACUCAAAAAAGUGAACUUUUUGCUACUGGAUUUGAGUUGUUUUCGAAAAACGGAGACUGGAUUGUGAUUCCGUGAAACGAAUCCUGGAUAGCAUCUGCAUUUCGUGGUAAUAUUUGCGUUUGCGAUAGUGCAUUUAUUUGUGUUGUCCGCUGCUAGGAAAAAAUAUGGAACGAAGCAUUGGACGACAGGGACCGAUGAUGUCCCCGGGAAUGUCGAGGCGGCCUGGAGGAAUGCCACCACGGGAUAGUUAUCAAACACAUUCGUAUCAUCAACAACAGCAGCAAACUAGCCCACAUCAGCAUCAUCAACAACAGCAACAACAACAACAACUGCAGCAGCAGCAGCAGCAGUCCUCACAGCAGCUGCUGCAGCAGUCCCCUGGUCAAUUCCAGCAUUCUCAGCACGAUGAGCUGAUACGAUACAUCAAUGAGGCAUGGAAUAGCAUUAUGCAAGACAAAAGUCAAACCCCGCCAGUAUUCUACAAGGGUGUACCUGAGCCACGGUUGGCCGGAUUCACUCCGUUUGAUUUGGAAGCAUGGUGGGGUCGACGGUUGGUACACAAAAUCAACAUCUCUACCCACGGUCAUCAGUGAAGUGGAGACACGUUAGUGCAUGUCAAUAAACCGGAGGCAAAAAAAAAGUCGAACAGCAUCUGUCUCAAUCCAUAAAGGAGAGAAUUAAACAUGGUAAAGAUUUAUCAGAAAAAGUAACAACACAGAAACGAAAACCCGCGAUACUUCACCGGGUUUGAACAACAUACUACAACCGACACAAAGUUUCAUUUCUUUCGCCAAAACGGCUUUCAAUCAUUGUGGUAUUAUUCUUGCGGGAAACGGGGAACAAAAUGGCUACAUUAUGUUGGUAAUCAACAACAGGUUAUCUCUAGAUCAAAAAAUUAUCGUUAAAAGAAAUAGUGGGAAUCUUUAUUUGCAAGAUACCCCGUACAACAGAUGAUAUGGUAAAGCAAACAAAUGUCUUUUUAUUGCAAAAAAUGAGUAAUUGUGAAUACUGCAAAACAAUAAAAUAGAUGUUUUUUUUAAGUUUUUUCAACUCCCAGCGCCUCUUUGUAACAUAAAACUACGGAUGAAUUGAAAAUGUAAUAAACAGCAUGGGUCAAACAGAAAACUU